ACUGAAAUACACACUACUCUCUCUCUCUCUCUCUCUCAUUUUCAGUUUUUCACGCACUCCGCAAUAAAACCUAGAAUGAAACCUAGAUGAAAUGAAUCCCAAAUAAACCCCCCAAACUCAACAACCUACUCCCUGACCAAUCUCUCUCUCUCUCUCUGAAAAAAACAAAAAUCAGUUUCAUUUCCAUUUCAUGACGGAUUACCGGUCGACGCCGACGAUGAAUCUCUGGAACGAUGAAAACUCCUCCGUCAUGGAAGCCUUCAUGAGCUCCUCCGACCUCUCCUCUCUCUGGCUCCCUCCGCCACAAUCCGCUGCCUCCACCUCCACCUCCGCAGCACCCCCACCACAGCAACAACAACCACCUCCUCCGCCGCCGUUCAACCAGGAAACCCUUCAGCACCGACUCCAAGCCCUAAUCGAAGGCGCAAGAGAGAGCUGGACCUACGCAAUCUUCUGGCAGUGCUCCUACGACUACUCCAACGGCCUCACACUCUUAGGUUGGGGCGACGGUUACUACAAAGGUGAAGAAGACAAAGGCAAAGCCAUAAAAGCGACGUCGUUUGAGCAGCAGCAACACCGUAAGAAGGUUCUUAGAGAAUUGAACUCUUUAAUUUCAGGUCCUUCAGCUUCUGGCGACGAAGCGGUAGACGAAGAAGUAACCGACACCGAAUGGUUCUUUCUUAUAUCCAUGACUCAGCAUUUCGUAAGCGGAACAGGCCUUCCUGGUCAGGCUUUCUUUAAUUCGAAUCCGGUUUGGGUUGCUGGUCCUGACCGGUUAUUAGGCUCGGGCUGUGACCGGGCCCGGCAAGGUCAGUCGUUUGGGAUACAGACCAUAGUUUGUAUACCUUCAGCAAACGGCGUGGUUGAGUUGGGUUCCACGGAACUCAUUUUUCAGAACCCGGAUCUGAUGAGUAAGGUGAAGGUCUUGUUCAAUUUUAGUAACAGUACUGGUGACGUGGCUGGAUCCUGGCCCUUGAGUUCUGCAGAUCAAGGAGAGAACGAUCCUUCUUCGUUGUGGCUCAACGACCCUUCUUCUUCGGCUGGUGGGAUCGAAAUUCGAGAUUCUGUUAAUACGGCUGCCACUACGACGGUUGCCAACAACAAAACGGUGCCGGUUGUAUCCAACCCUGGCUCCUCCAGCGUGGUAACCGAAGCUCCGAAGAAUCCGCAACAGAAUCAGGGGUUUGUGCUGAAGGAAUUGAAUUUCUCGAGCUCGUUGAAGCCGGAAUCUGGCGAGAUUCUGAGUUUUGGAGAGAAUAAGAAGGGUUCUUAUGGUGUAAACAGUAAUAACGGUGGAAACAAUUUGUUCUCUGUUCAGUCUCAGUCGCAGUUUGUCUCCGAUGAGAACAAGAAGAGGAGAUCCCCUACUUCGCGGAGCAGCAUUGAGGAUGGAAUACUGUCUUUUACUUCCGGCGUGAUCUUGCCGCCUUCCAAUGUGAAGUCCGGUGGCGGCGGAGGCGGAGAUUCGGAUCAUUCGGAUUUGGAAGCUUCUGUGGUGAAGGAGGCCGUUGAGCCGGAGAAGAGGCCGCGAAAGAGAGGGAGGAAGCCGGCAAACGGAAGGGAGGAGCCGCUCAAUCAUGUGGAGGCAGAGAGGCAGAGAAGGGAGAAGCUCAAUCAGAGGUUUUAUGCUCUUCGAGCCGUGGUUCCCAAUGUGUCGAAGAUGGACAAGGCUUCGCUGUUGGGUGAUGCUAUCUCAUACAUCAACGAAUUGAAAUCGAAGCUACAAGGGCUGGAAUCGGAGAAAGGCGAAUUGAGCAAGCAAUUGGAAGAUUCCAAGAAGGAGCUGGAGCUGGCUAGUAAGAAUUCAGGGGCUGCACAGGCCGCUCCACCGCCGCUUCCUGCGCCACUGGAUAAAGAACAAAGGAGUCGUGCUGGAGUAAAUGGGAAAUUGAUUGAUUUGGAGAUUGAGGUGAAGAUUAUUGGUUGGGACGCCAUGAUUAGGAUCCAAUGUAGCAAGAAGAACCACCCCGCAGCGAGGCUGAUGGCAGCGCUGAAGGACCUGGACUUGGAAGUGCACCAUGCCAGUGUGUCAGUGGUGAAUGAUUUGAUGAUUCAGCAGGCUACGGUGAACAUGGGAAGCCGGUUUUACACACAGGAGCAGCUCAUGUUGGCGCUAUCGUCCAAAGUUGGCGGAGGCGGAGAUGCUAAGUAGCUCCUCCACCACAUUGGAAAGGAUACAUGGGAUGCGGAGAUUCGCUCAUGUGAAGAUUGUACAUGACUCGGUCGCAUGACAUGCUCGCCGUUGAUUAAGAAAUCACUGGCAAGAAUGUGCAGGCAACCGGGUCAUGUGUUGUAAUCAAUGCCGGAAACUCACUUUUCCAUUUCCACAUGACAGGAUCCCGGAACAUACAAAGCUUAAGGUGUUUGUGUUCUCACUAAUGAAGUAGAGUUGCUGCCUCUGUAAAUUGAUGUUCUUUUCUGGUUUUUAGUAGUUUAGUCUAAAUUAUGAAUUAGUUUGAUUUGGAAAGCUAGAAAAGAUGGACUUGAAUGCGGGAAGGAUGAGUAUGCAGCAGCUUCUGAUCCAAAGAAGUCAAAAUAGACUCAGUUUUUGUGUUAAUAUUUUAUCUAUUUAGAUUUAGAUUGUACAUAUAUAUAUGUCUUAUCAUUUAUCAUUAUAUUUGAUCCCAUCUUGAUGGAGUUUCUUGCUUUCAGAAUUAAAAAAUGGACUCAGUUUCUUUCUCUUA